AUGCGAGAUGUUCACCUGAGCAAUGAGACGUGCACAAACGAUGUACAGUCAAACAGCACCUACAACCUGUGGCUGGGCCUGACCCUCGCCCUGCUGUCGGCCUUCUUGAUUGGUGGGAGUGUCAUUCUGAAGAAGAAAGCUCUCCUCCGAUUGGCCAACAACGGACACACCAGAGCAGGUGACGGAGGCCAUGGUUACCUGAAGGACUGGCUGUGGUGGGGAGGCCUGUUAACCAUGGGAGCAGGAGAAGUCUGCAACUUCGCUGCCUACAUGUUUGCUCCGGCCACGCUGGUGACUCCGCUGGGCGCCCUGAGCGUCCUCAUCAGUGCAGUUCUGUCCUCCUACCUGCUGGGGGAGGUGUUGAACAUUGUGGGGAAGCUUGGCUGUCUGCUGUGUGUGCUAGGAAGCAUCCUGUUGGUUAUCCACGCCCCACAAGAACAGGAAGUGACAUCACUACGGGAGAUGACCAACAUGCUGCUGGAGCCUGGGCGCUCCAUCGUCACCCACAUCAGUGUUAAAGUCUCCUCAGAGAUGGAGACCAUCACACCCGGUGGCUCCAAGAAGACCAUCAACAUCCCAGAAACAAUGACGAUGAAGGAGCUGACCAUUCAGCUCUCGCAGCCAGUGGAGAGGGAGGAGCUUAACCAGCAGGUUGUAACCAAUGGAGGAGGAGGAAGGAGUAAAAAAGAAGACAAGUACGGGCUGAUGGACAACAUGGUGAUCGAGAGCCUUCCCCCAAUGAGAGAGGAGGGACCGAGAGUCUUCAUCAUCAGCUAAGGAAGAGGAGGAGGAGACUCAGGUUCAGACUUCCUCUGACUGUUACUGUAACGAUCUGCACUUUAAAGAACGUUCUAGAACGGCCUCCAGUCUGACGGCGAUCCAGGUCACGCUAAACUCACUGUUACUCUUCAGAUUAUCACAAACUUGACGUUUAGAUAAAUAUGAAAGAUCAUUACUGAAAACAGAAGCUGACUUUUAGUCCAUUCCACCUCUUUGCAUUAGCAGAGUCGCUUUAAAUACAAAGAGCCACAAAAUGCAAAAAGAUGCAAAACAGCGGCUGAGAUACAAAAAGCAGUAUGAAUACUGCAGACUGGCCACAGACAUGUAAAGAGUACUCUGAGCAGCUGUUUCUCUGCUGCUUGGUGUUGAGUAAAUGAAGGUCAAUCAAUGCAGUUACUGCAUAUCAGAAACAAUAUUUUUCUGCAUUUACAGCGUCUGAAAACUUGAAUGGUGCCUUUGUGCAGGCGUUACGGUGGGUGGUGUUGUUUUGUGCAAACAAAUCCACGAAAAGAGGAAAACCGGCCAUCUGUGAGACGCUCCUCGUUUUAAAGCUCAGCGCCCGAGCUGGUCAUCGCCGCUCAGGUGUUUAUGUUGUGGACAUGUCAUCUGACACCGAGCUCUGAAUAAGUGAUGACGUGUGGUGUGUGAGAGAAUCUGUUUUUAUUAGAUAUGAAACGUUGGGCGUGUCUUCAUCAGAAAUUAUUUACUUAGAGAUCAACACACUCAAGGAGAUCUCAGAGUCAGAGCAGCUGUUCUGUGAGUUCUGGCCUCUGAGUUUAAUCAUUUACAUUCUGUAUUCACAGGAAAUUUCUCAAUUUGAUCCUGAUGUCAGAUGUUUGUGUGUUUCUGAGUUUCUGUUGCUCCCAAACAAAAAAUCUCUUAUUGCAUCAAGUAAAUCAUGAGAAACAUUUCAUCAGAAGCACAUAAUCCAUGUUGUUCACCCGUCUGUGGCUGUGAUGCUGCACAAACACCGUCUCC